CGACCCCCGGAGGGUGCAGCCUUCUAAAUGAGACACUAUGGUAUCGUGCUGGGAAAACGGGAAGGAACAUUACAGUGCUUUGCGAGUUACCCAUCGCGUGUUGGGAGUGGCGUGUGCCACAGAUUGCGAAACGUGAUUAGUAAACAGUUUGCCAGAAUAUACCCCGACCCAGGAGUUGGUAUCCAGUGUGAACACUACUUCGUAAUAUACUGGCAGGGAACCACUUUUCUCAGGCCUCUGGGAAAAAUCUGUUCCCCCUGUGUUUUCAGUGUAAAGUGUUCUGCAGAUAAAAGUGGUUAGACGUAAUUAUGACAGCAGCAGAGAAGAGCACAUGUGAUAUGGGAUUUCAUGUCUUUUUCUAUGUACCCAAUGUAAUCGGUUAUAUCCGGAUUCUUCUUGUUCUCAUUGCUUGGAUUCUGUAUAGUGACCCAGGGAGUUUUGUACCCUUGUAUGUGUUAUCAAUUAUAUUGGAUGGGGUGGAUGGCUGGGCGGCACGUCGCCUGCAGCAGACCUCCAGGUUCGGAGCGUGGCUGGAUGUGGUCAUCGACAACCUAGGACGUGGUAUGCUCUGGAACAUGCUUUAUGAUUGGGGCUGGCUGGUGUCUUCAGUGGAGUGGUGUGUAUUUGUGUGCAACCAUAAUGCCAGAGGUGCCCAAUGGAAGAACUCUUUCACGGAGAGCCCGGGUUGGGUGCGGGCAGUGAUGGCAAAAGGCUUUAAGACUCCUUUGGGCAUUCUGACAAUAGCAGGGCUCCAUGUUUUACCUGUGUGGCUGUAUGGCUACCAGCAUGAGGUGCUGUCGCAGACUCUCUAUGCCCCAAACUGGCUACAGGUUUUGGGGAUUCUGGUUCUGGCAGCAGGACGCUUGCUGGGCUUUGCAGUUGAGAUGUGGUGCAUCAUAACCCAUUUGAGAUUCUUAGUGGAUGAAGAGGAAGAAAAGAAGAACUAG